UGAGCUCAUGAUUUGCGCUUCCUAUUAUCAAAUCAGCCUCACACAUCAGCAAUACAUUCGUGCAGAUAUACCAGGCCUCUCGCCUUGUGAAUAGGAUGGCUUCCCCAAAUAUGGUGGCUCACGCCCACGUCAGAUCGGGAUUCGCAGCAUCGUCUCCCACUGCUGGCGCUAUCUGCAGAUCUGGAAUUUCGGGAGGUUUCAUGUGGAAAAGGAAGGUAUGGUGGACGCUCUGUUUGUCGGGCACGGUGGGUGCGCGUUCGCAUGGGACAAACCGUCCGUGGUAUGUCUCUGGGUGGUUUGGGCAAAGGAUGCAUGCUCAGACGCGGUUGUUGGCCCGGCGUGGAGGUUGUAGCCAACGCAUGCACGUGGGGUGUACCGGAAUAUCACAGCGGUUGUACAGUCAGUACACAAUGACUGCAAGAAAAGCAACGUGGGAGCUUGACCCACGAUUGACAGGUCUUGCGAGAUGGCAUCGAUAACAGCUACGUUCGCAUGCUAGUGUCUGCGACGCUGUCCCACGCUGAGGGCGAGGACAAGAGUAUUGGUGUCC